CGACAACCGACAGUCCCCGUCGUGACAACCACUAAAUCUACUAGUAAUCUGCUUUUCUUCCCCGCAGAAAUGUGGUGCGACUCCAGCCUUUCGCGUGCCACAGACACCCUUCUCUGGGGGUAAUGCAAGUGUGGCAAGCCAUGUUUCUUCACCUAUAUAUGAAUGGCUCACGCCUCCCAUAUUUGUCCUGCGUGCCACAACAUCGUUCUGAGGUACUGUGCCUGAGUGCGAGCUGCGAGGCCAGACAACUUGUAUCGACUGCUUCACAACAACAACAAUGACAAUCUACAGCGUCCUACGACGUAUUGUCCGAAACGAUGCAAUUCGCGUUGAUCCUCCCGAAGUUUACAACUGGCGAGUUCUGGCGCUUACGGCCUCGGCGUGUUUUGCAGGCACGAUGUUCGGAAUGGACGCAGGAAUCAUUGGAGGGUACUUUACUGUCUGCCAUUUGGUUGAGGACAGCCAUCACCGGAAACAAAGCGGACUUCAAGAUGUUAGCGAAUUCGGACUUGACAACCUUCCCGCAAGCGCCGCCGCCAAUCUGUCCGGGAACCUCGUCACUACUAUGCAAGCAGGUGCGAUUGCCGGAGCUUUGGUGUCCAGUCCGUUGGCAGAAAAAAAGGGAAGAAAGCCAGCGCUACUUGCGGUCGCUAUUGCUGGCAUCGUAGGCGGUCUCAUGCAGGGUUUGUCUUUCGGACAUCUGUCUGUGUUUUACAUUGGCCGCUUCAUCGAGGGCCUCGGCCUUGGUGCGGGCACUAUGCUGGCCCCAACGUAUGUCUCAGAGAUCUCACCUCGAGCCAUUCGGGGCUUUCUGGUUGGGUUCUUCCAGCUCCUCCUGGACACAGGUACAGGGAAAGCCACCUGGAUGGUACCGCUGAUGUUGCAAUCACUUGCUCCAGCUUUGUUGCUCAUCACCAUGCUCAUGUGCCCAGAGUCGCCACGCUGGCUUGCAUCUCGAGAUCAUUGGGACAAAGCAACUAGUGUAUUAUCUGAUGUGCGACGCCUUCCACCCCAGCAUACGUAUGUCCAGCAAGAGUUGCUCGAACUCCGAGUGCAACUGGAGAACGAAAAUCGUAUCAGGGGCGAUACGGGGUUCUGGGCAUUGCAAAAAGAGUGCUGGACACAGCCAGGCAACCGCAAACGCGCACUAUUGACAAUCCUCAUCCUUGUCUUCAAUCAGUGGUCAGGUACUGGGGCAAUCAACUACUAUGCGCGAACCAUCUUCCAAAGUCUGGGAUUGUCUAAGACUACUACUGCUCUCUUCGCGCAAGGAGUCUACGGUAUCGUGAAAACCGUUGCUGCGCUAAUAUUCGCCUUCUUCCUUGCCGACAGCUUAGGCCGUCGAAUCUCCUUCAUGUGGAGUGGUGCUGUACAAGCAUUCUGCAUGCUCUUCAUCGGAUUUGCAAGUGUUCUUACAUUUUCCAUUCCAUAUGUUCGAUACGGACCUCAUGUCAGCGUGAACCAAAGUCCACCACCAGCUGGUAUUGCUGCUCUGGCCAUGAUCUACAUCUUUGCAGCAGCGUUCAACUCAGGCUGGGGCCCUGUAGCCUGGGUUUACGUGUCAGAGAUUCCCAGCAACCGACUCCGGGCGUACAAUGUUGCACUGGCGUCUUUCACGCACUGGGUCAACAAUCUUGCUGUAUCUAAGGCCACACCCGGUGAUGCUUCUGUCGACCCCGUACAAAACGAUACUGAAUCCCAGAAACGAAAGGAGUACGUCCUCACAAAACUAAUUUUGCCCAUCUCUCUUGAGCGGAUGGACGAAUUGUUUGGCGUUGUCGACAUGUCAAACAUUGAAGACGUCGGCAUCGCAGCACAGCAAGAUAGGAAAGCAGAAGAGACGCUGGAAAUGCAAAACGUGCGGACGACCAAGGCUUGAUGGUCAUUGUCAGGUAGAAAUUUGGUCUGAGUUUAUGUGUUUGGCAGGCUGGUGAUCCGUCCUCAGCACUAGUACUAGUAUCUCCAUAGACGAGCUCCAGUCAAGUGAGUACAUAAGUACUAGAUAUGGGAUGAGAUACUUUCACAGCAUGACCAUAAGCUCGAAGCUGGCGAGUUCGAGACGACGGGGCGCUUGGAAAAUUCACGAACAGCCAUACCGUGC